AUAUAAGAUGAUGGAGAAAAUACAUCAACAUGCUUCAAUCUGUCACUCUCCAGUGGGUUUACAGCUCAAUGAGUAUUGCUAAGGUUUCUGUGAAGCAGGCAUUCAGUUUUGCUGUAACCACCUAUGGUUGUUCCGGGUAGCUCACAGGUAUGAAUCCCUCUGGAAUGACGGCAAAGCUGAGCAGCAAAAGAGUAUAAGAAACUACCACUGUGUAUAAAAGUGAAACCACAGAAUCUACUGGCAAUGUCAUCGCUUUGCUCUGUGAUGAGGGUAUCCCAGGGGUUCAGGUUGAGGAACGCACUUCAUCUCCACAACACAGGACAACCGUGAACUCUGCACAAUCAGCCUCUCUGUCUUCAGCCAUGAGUGCGACUGUGAGCUGAUAGUAUGUGAUCAACAGCACCCUGGCACCUACCAUCCUGCUGCUUCACCUCAAUAAAACCUAGCGGGACUAUUCAGUGUGAGUUAUGAAAAUGGCAGAGGAGGGUUUCCAGCUCAGAGGUUACGACAGCAACGACUGCGCUGAGGAACCCAAGUUUCAGCCAGCUGAUUUCCCUACAUCAUCACUAGCAUCCCUCCAUCUCAGGGAUGAAGAUGUGGUCAUCAAAGAGGUCAGCAACCAUAUGAUGGAUAAUCCUGAGCGUAAUCCUGUUACGAUGUCAUUACCACUUAACCAAUCACAACUAAAGAAAGACAUAUCAGUGGAAACUGGGUUUGAAGCUUCAUCAGCAGUUCAGCAAGUUCAAGAGUUGUUUGAACCGGAGAUGGGGCAAAACGACAGCGGGGCUCAGUCUUGUUCCCUGACAGCGAUUCUGCAGGACCUCUCCUCCCCUGUUGAUCAUGAUGUGUUUCCUGUCCCAAGAACUAACAUCGCCAAGGAAGGAGACCUUCAAUCCGAGAACAAAAUAACCAAAGCUAUGGCAGCAUGUGGUUCCAGCUCUGAUGAAAACCAUCUAUCAGAGGCAGAGUGGUACUGGGGAAAUAUCUCGAGAGAGGAAGUAAAUGAGAUUAUGAGAAACACUCCUGACGGGACAUUCCUGGUUCGAGAUGCCUCCAGCAAGGUUAAGGGAGAAUACACUCUUACACUAAGAAAAGAUGGCACAAACAGACUGAUAAAGAUCUUCCACCAUGGGGAAAAGUAUGGAUUCUCUGAGCCACUGGCUUUUCCCUCUUUGGUAGACCUGAUUCAGUAUUUCCAGAACAAGUCUCUGGCCCAGUACAACUCUAAACUGGACACACAGCUUCUCUACCCCCUAUCUAGACACCAGCAGCAGGUUGUGAUGGAAGUUGACAUUGAUGCAGUUGGGGAGCAACUGAGGAAACUUCAGGAUCAAUACAAAGAGAAGAGCAAAGAAUAUGACCAUCUGUAUGAGAAGUUUAACCAAACAUCCCAGGAACUGCAGAGCAACAGGACAGCCAUAGAGGCGUUCAGUGAAAUCAUUCGGAUCUUUGAAGAGGAGUGUGAAACACAGGAACGCUACAGCAAAGAAUACAUCGACAUGUUCCUCACAUUAGACAGCAAUACAGAGACUGACAAGAUUCAAAACAAUUCGGAUGAUCUGCAGUCAAGGGUGGAGGAGAUCCAUUGCAGCAAGAAGAAGUUAGAGGAGGAGCUGAGGAAUAAGGCGCUAGCACACAUGGAGGUCGACAGGAAGAUGAACAGCUUGAAGCCGGACCUUGUGCAGCUCAGGAAGAUCAGAGAUCAAUACCUGCUAUGGCUCACACAGCAAGGCACUAAACAGAGCCAGAUCAAUGAAUGGCUUGGUCUCAGGAAUGAAGAAGAAGACCCGUACACCUUGGCGGACGAUAGCCACCAGGAGGAGCAGAGCUGGUAUGUUGGUGGAAUGAGACGGAAAGAGGCAGAGGAACUACUGAGGGGGAGAAGAGACGGGACCUUUCUUAUCAGAGACAGCCAGACUCAGAGAGGUUGCUUCGCCUGCUCCGUUGUUGUGGAAGGGGAUGUGAAGCACUGUGUGAUCUACAGGACAUCAACUGGAUAUGGCUUUGCUGAGCCCUACAACCACUACUCUUCACUGAGAGAGCUGGUCCUCCACUAUCGACACACAUCCCUGAUCCAACACAACCAGCAGCUGAAUGUAACACUUGCCUGGCCUGCUCUCAGCCAGCAGCCCAGCUGAGACACACCAGCACGCCACUCUAUAGGCGCUUUCCCAAAGCUUCACCGUACAAGCACUGAGGACGCAUCAAUAUGGACACUGUUACCAGGCUCUAACAGAGCACCGGGUAUGUGUUGUCACCUUCGAAUAAUUUUAAGAAAUCAUUCAAUUUCAUUAAUUGGACUUUGAUCCAAAUCCUUAACUGGUAUGGUCACCACACCCACAAAAAGAUGACCCAAAACAAUCAGUUGAAAAGCGUUUCCACACUUGUUUUAGUUCUGAUGAGUUAAUAGUCCGUUUUGGUAGUUUCAUAGAAAAGCUCCAUUUUAAACUCCUGGCAUAACUUUUUCAGCCAAGUCAGAAAAAAGAAAAAGUUUACUCGUGAUCUGCAGUUUGUUCACAUAAUUUGGAAAAAGUUAUUGGUGUUACAGAAUUCACCUUUGAAAAAAAGCAGUUCAGAGAUUGUAAUGAGCAACAUGUCAACACUAGUGCCAGUUUCAGCAUCUUUCCCAUACCUGUGCUAGUGUCUAGGUAACGACAUUUUAACAAUGUGGUGGUUUAAAACAAUAUCCGGGGUAGCAGUUAGGUUGCGUCCCAUGUACGGAGGAUAUGGUCCUCCAGGUCCCAGGUUCGAGUCCGAUCUGUGGCUCUUUUCCCCUCGUCAUUUCCCACUCUCCCGAUUUCCUACUUUAUCCUGUCCAAUCAAAAAAGGCAUAAAAGGCCAAAAAUGAAUCUUAAAAAAAAAAUAAUAAUAAUAUCAGGAAAACACAAAAUUUGAGUAUCCCUCUUCCAGAUUUUUUGUUUUAUAGAAGUUAUCCCUUCAUAGAGACACAAUGUUAUUUUCUUUGAAAAAUUAAGGUCAGGUAUUAAUUUAUGUUUAAGAUGCAAAUAUCAGGUUUCAAACACUAUCAAAUUUAUGGUCUUUACAAUUGGUCAUACAUUUCUAAAAAGUGUUUUUUUCUCAAAAAUAUGCAAAGUAAAGCUCUGUAUCAUGCUGUGCAUCCAAAAGGACAUAGUGCUCCAACACUAUGUAUUUCUUAAGCUUUGAAAAAUACUGACACGCGUCACUUUAUGAUAAAUAUAAUCCAUUCAUAUGGUGCAAUUGUGGUUCUAAAGGUGCUUCUAGGAAACUAGAUAUGUGAAUUAUGGCCAGUGUCAAUGCGAUAGAGACAAUGACACACAAGCACUUUAUCUAAAAGAAGAAAACCAAUACACCACGCACAGAGAGGAGAGUGCAAAGGCUUGUAAAACUAAAUUCAUGCAUUGAUGUCAUUGGUUAGAAGUUUGAUAGAACAUUUAUUUUCUUAUUAAAUGUAAUCUUACAAUUGUGCAAUCUUACAAUUUUCACAAUUGCUUGUUCAGCAUCAAAAGCCCUCAGGCCUUUAUUCUGCACGUUUCUUCAGGACAUGACAGAUGAGACAAGAUAGGAUUUAUUGGAUUCUACCUCUAAAGUCUUGGGUCAUUACAACCGCUUUCAAAAUAAGUAUUUUUUUGCAGAUUAUUUUUGUGGAUAAUAAAAUAGACAAUCAUGGUAUAACUUGUGUUAUAUAAGUAUUGCUUUAAGAUAAAUUGUACACAGCAGUGAUACAGUAUAGUUCUAGAUAUUAAUGUGAAACAACAGACAUUAGGAACGGGCCAAUACUUAAAGCCUUCCUGGGUGUUGACAACAUGCAACUUUUGGAAUAUCAACCCCUAAAAAGCAGAAUUAUUGAAGUAUAUGUGAGGCAUCAUUCUGGCUCAGAUCAAUUUGAGUUGAGUCAGAUAACUGUUUUAAUUUCUCUAUUUUAUGUCUUGAGCCUGAUGUAGAUUAAAAAUAUGAAGUGAAAUGAGUAGGAUCAUAUGAAGAAAUGUUCCUUUUUAAGUCAUCAUAAUUUACUUUGUGUCACUUGCAGGAAAGUAGUACGACUACAUGAGUAUGAUGUUUGAAGUAGAUGCUGAUGCUCUGAUGAAGCAGGUGUGUCUAACUUGGUACAUGUCUACUUAAUCAUAAGUUCUUUAGUCUAGAGUACCCUCAGAGUUUCAUCAUCAGCUAAUCGCCCUUCUUUAACUAAUUGUUUUGACAUGAGAAGCUCUACAUAUGUCUCUAACCUGAGAUUAAAUGUUCAUGUGAAGCUUUUGAUAGGGAAUGUCACACAGGCCCUUCAUUUUGACUAUGUUGAAAUAACUACGUUUUUCUUGAUUGGCUAAACAGUAAAAUUACCUUUACUGCUCUAAAUUAGCCUCAUAAGCUACUUGUUUGCCAGUUUCCAGCUAUACUGGACCAAACUGGGUAAAGAGUAUAUUAUUGUUACAUGAUAAAAUUAUGUGUUUGUUUAAUGUUGGUACACUGUAACAAAAGAAAGCUGAGAAUAUUUUUGAUGGAAAAUUACAUCUAUAAAUAAUAAAUAUCUCACUCUGAAAAAAAAAUUGUUUACAUUUAGGGCCUAUCCAUGUUCCUUCAGUCAUGGAUAGGUAAGCAGGGUCUCCUUUUACUAGUGAACUUUGUGAGUGGAUUUCAAGGAGAUGCUUGCAGGUUAAAGUGAAUCAUUCAAACUAUUUUUAUAAGCUAAAAUUGUUAGAUAUGGAAUUAAAACUUAAAGCUGCCCAUUACUGUCAGGCAUAUAACUAUGUCAUAUUUAGUCACCGGUUUGGUUAAAAGGGUUUCCCUAAAAGGCACUUCUGUCAGGUGUUCAACGAGUUAAAAUCUUAGACAGACGAUAAAGGGAGUUGGAACGAUUGUGUCCAAUUAAGUCUUGGUCGCUGAGUUGUUGAAAGAGGAGCACUGACUAGAGUGGUAGUAAACGUAGAGUAUGUGGAAAUUGGCACUAAGAUGGUACAUAAAUUCAAAAUAAAAGCCGAACAAUCUUGAUUUUUAAAUGCAAAAUAAUGCAACUUUAAACAUGCGAUUAAGAAUUGUGAUUAACCAUUAAAAAUGUGCGAUUAAUCACGUCCACAUUUUAUAAUCGUUUAACAGCCCUAGUUCCUUCAUAAUGGUUUGCCGUAUUCUGUGAAGGUUUCUCAUUUUGCUUUUACUCCAUAAGUGGUGCUAAGGGCUGCUGUAGUUUAUUUUUUAAUUUUUUUAAAUGCACCUAAUCAAGGUCGCCUGUCAGUCAUAUAUGAGGAGUAAAACUUUGAUGUCUUCUUUAUUGUUAAAAAUGCUAGGUGUGGUCUAUUGUGCGUUUGACCACAUGAUACGUCAGAAUAAUGUUGCACAGUAUUAAAAGUGUGAGGUGCAGCAUUGCACAGGCUGUCAACAGAGUGCACCACAUUUUGAUCAGCUGUUAAUGCUGUUAUGUAAACAUACUGGUGGACAAGAAGGAUUACACUCAGUGUGUAGAGAUAAGGAUUAUUUAUCAGUAAUUUAUUUUAAAAGCAAAUAGAAUAAUGUCAGGUGAGGUGACACAUGACUCCUGGCCUCGGUCUUCACAUGAGUGACGUUAGCUCUUACGGGAUACAAAUUAAAAACUCUUAUUUAAUCAUAUAAGAGUGACUUGUCGUACAAUAAUCACGUAUGGAUGCACCUUAAUCACUGUAAUUCAUGAAGGCAUGUAGGUCUAGCAUCUAAAACCAAAUGAUAGUCUUCUGUCCCUUCUAUGUCACUUUUUUUGUUUUUAUGUACCGAAAAGACUGAGAGCAUAACUUUAACUGAAAUAUAAAUGUAUUUAUUAAUUUGAAUUACACAGAAUAUAUUUAUAUACUUAUCCCGGUUAAUUUUGUAGCAGAAACUUAGACAAGGUACAUAGCUUGUGCACAAACAGACUACACCAUUGCUUGGGGGCGUUUGGAUUGAAAGCAUACCAUUUGCACAGAAGGUAUCUCAUGUGAGGUGGAGAUACUAUGACUGUCUCCAUUUACAUCCAACCUGUUCCUGAAGCAGAUGGACGGGUGGUGCUAACUAUGGAGACGUUACUGAUGAGAUUGUUAUGUCUUUGCACUGAUAAAGCACAAAAAAAAAGUUUUUAAAAAGAAAUUCUGACUAUAAUUAGCUGACCACCAAGUAGAAUAUAUUCUUGUUAAGUCAAACAUAUUUGUAAUGGUAUAUAUGUGCACAAUUGGUUUUUCUGUUUCCUCCUUUCUGUAACUUUAAAUGUUUUAUUAUUGUGCUAACAAAAAUGACAUAAAUUAGAUACCGCAACCUCAACUUGUGUUAAUACUGUUUUGUAGGAGAGUAAUUGAUGUCUCAUAACAUAAAAGAUGUGUCAUGGUCACGUAAAGUAGUUCUUCAAAAUCCUCUACCUAAUAAGUAACAAUUACCAGAAUACCUUUGCUGUUGUAUAAUAACAGAAUUUCACACAGUUGUAGAAUGAUGUUGUGUUAAAAAACAAAAAAAACAAACUACAAGCAGAAUAAAGUUUGACUUUCUCCAACUAUUUAUAGAAAUGGGAGCCCAGGCAGAGGCUAUCCUGGUAAGCUAUUUAGCUAACCUGCUGACAGUUCAACAUUGAAAAUGUGAACUUUACACUCCAUAAGACUAGGAGGCAUCAAAUAAAGCGUAGGGUUUCUCCUUCUUGAGUGACACAGUCUGAUAUCAUUUUGCACUAGAAACAAAGGUUUUAUGGCAUGGAAGAUUCAUUCAGGCAAACCAGUGUAUGCUGUUGUAACGAAUGAUAUACUUUAAUUUGCUUUUAGGCCGGACUACUUUACUGACUUUCUUGUAAUUGCAGUCCAUUUACCUGGGCUGAUGAGAUUGAUAGUGAAAGAUACUGGAGUUGCUGACAGCUGUUUAAGUUUGAAAAGAUAUAGCUCUGGACUUUAAUAAUACAGUGAUGGUUAGUGGUUAGAGUGUUUAGUGUACAGUGAAGGCUAGCGUUAUGGAUGGGCACUUAACAUCUUGGAUGUUUGAUAUUGUCGAGCAUAUGUUGCUAUACAGACAUGGUUAUGUUUGGGAACAAAGUUAGAAAUAGCAAAGUAGAAGAACUGGUCUUACCUGAGGAAGUGUUUAAAAGUAAAGGUGGGUCUGAUAUUAGGUUAUAUAUGGAUCCUAGUAAGUGAAGAAAUGGUUAUGUUGGAAAAUGGUUCGUUGUAGAUUAAAAUAAGAUCAGAAGAGAGAGGCUGGUUAGUAACUAUUAAUAUUCACCCAGUGCUUGGCAGCAGUUCGAUAGCUUGAAUAUCUCCAUCAACGUUCUUCCAUGCCAUAAACAUGGUGGCAUCUAGUGGUAACAUUUGUCAAAGAGAAACAUUCAAUAGUUCUGAUUUCUCUAAUCAGAAGAUCAUUACCAACUUUCUCAGUGUCUGAAUUCCUCUCACUAGAGGACUACCUAGAUGAUGAGCUCCUCAUUUUGAUAAAAUACCUAACAUGUCCCUGCAUCACAAUCACGUAAUACUUGUUCAAAUUAUGUUUUGUAACUUUGGAUUUUGUUUUGACCAUUGUGGCUGUAUGGACCUGUCAUUCUGCUUAGCUGCCCUUUGCUUCUAGCCUAAUGCUGUGAGAAAAUACUGUUAUUGUGAAUGUUGAUUUACUGUAUGGAUUAUGCAAUGACUUUCGUCUGUUUUUGAAAUAGCUUGUGUUUCUUUUAGGGGUCAUAUUUAAGGAAAUUGGAUAGUUACCAUACAUUUUUGUUGUUGUAAAACCUGACUACACCGACUUCACAACAUCACUGUUCACAUAUGCACUUUGAGAUCCCCAAAUAAAUUUGAGAUGAUCAUUGAAAGAA